AUGAGCUGCGUUCUCCUCGCCGUUGCUGCUUUACGCCGGUUAACGGAUCAGAAUGGGAGGGCCGACAGCACUCUCGCGCUACCCCGACGGGCAGCGCGGGGCGAAGAAAGGCGGCUCGGGCCUGGUCCCAAGCUCCGGAUGGGCUACUCUGCUGGGUCCUCAGAAGAAGAGCUCACACAUUUUGACACGCAUGUCUCUCUGCAGUUGCAGCCGGAGCAGUUGGACUGCGGAGCAGCACAUCUGCAGCACCCUUUAGCCGUCAUAAAUCCUGUCACGGCUACGCCGGUGUUCACGUACAACGGCCUGACGUCGGUGGCGGUCACCAGUGUCAAUAAUUACACCGUUGUGUUCCUGGGCACGGCGAACGGAGGCCUCCUGAAGAUUAAUUUGGACAGUUCCAUGAAGAUCAUUAGCAGGAGAUCCAUUUCAGUGGCUUAUGGAGAGCCUGUACAUCCCAUCAUGCAGUUUGAUCCUUCUGAUUCCACCUACCUCUAUCUGAUGACAUCCUAUCAGAUUACUCGGGUGAAGGUGGCUACCUGCAACCAGUAUGCGACGUGUACAGAGUGCCUGGCCGCAGCUGAUGCUUACUGUGGGUGGUGCACUAUGGAGACCAGGUGUUCGCUGCAGCACGAGUGUACAAAUUUCACUGAGGCCAAUUUCUGGGCGAGUGCAAGUGGAGGAGUGCAGCAGUGCCCUUCCAUGACCAUCUUGGAAUCCGAAAUUAAUAUCGACAAAGAGAACCCGGCCCUGAUAAUACAGAUAAAUGGCACAAUCCCGAACCUGAAUGGGACAAACAUAUCGUGUGAUUAUGGGAAUAAUAUCCACACGGUAGCCAGAGUUGCCAGAGAUUAUGUAAACCAAUUUAUUUAUUGCAAUUUACUUCCACGAGAAAAAUAUCCAGCAUUUCCAAACAACCAAGACCAUGUGAUCGUUGAAACUGCUCUCCGGGUCAACAACAAAAAUAUUAUCUGGGCCAAUUUCACCAUCUACGAUUGCAAAAGAACUGGAAACAUUUACCCAAAGAGAGCAUGCACCAGCUGCCUCUCAACACGGUGGAAGUGUUACUGGUGCCCCUCGAAGUAUAUGUGUGUCUCCAACCACUCGCAAUGCGAGGAUGCUCUGCAGAUGAAAGAGAAAAUUGACUGUCCGCGGAUUGUACCUGCCCCUUUAGACCCAAUGCCGACGGGAGCGUCUCAAGACAUUAUAAUCUCACUGGCUAAUGCGACUUUUUCUAAGGAGACAGCUCUAGAAUGCCAUUUUGGAACUGAGUGGACGUUCGAAGCCCGAUGGCUGAACUCCUCCGCUGUUCAGUGCAGCCAUGUGCUGCUCCACACAUCAGAAAAAAGCCGUCUCUUCCCAGUAAGCCUUCAGCUGAAGGAUAUACCAGACAGAUUUAUUGACAGUCCAGAGAUGAUGACAGUGGAGGUCUAUAACUGUGCAACUGGAAGCGCUGACUGUUCUCAGUGUCUCGGGAGAGAGGAUCUGGGACACCGGUGCAUCUGGAGUGAGACCAGCUCCAGCUGCAGACUAAACACUGAAUCCCCCCAGACCUCAGAUGUGUGCCCAGCUCCCGAGAUUAAGAAGAUUGAGCCCUUGAGCGGGCCCCUGGACGGAGGAACUCUGCUCACAAUACGAGGAAGGAACCUGGGCCGCAGGUUCAGUGAUGUCAUUAACGCUGUCAAGAUAGGGAGUGUGAAAUGUGUGCCACUCAGGGACAGAUACGUGGUCUCUGAGGCGAUUGUAUGCCAGACUGGAGAAACUCAGGAGGUGUUUUCUGAUGUGGUAACAGUUAAUGUGAGCCGGGAAGGCAGGUCCAGGGAGCGGUACUCCUAUGUGCUUCCUGUGGUGCAAUCCAUAGCUCCACCGAAUGGCCCGAAAGCUGGAGGAACAAGAGUGACUAUCAAAGGAAGUAGGCUGGAUGUUGGCUCUGAGCUCCACGUCCUCGUCAAUAACUCCAAACAGUGCACUGAGCUCAGUCGCAACGAUACCACUAUCACGUGCACCAUGCCAUCUGUGGAGCUCACCACGGCUGUGCGAGUCUGCAUCCAGUUUGAGAACAAGUCUUGUGCCAACUACAAUAUCACGUUCAAGUACGAGAAGAACCCAGUUAUAACAGACAUCAGCCCCAAAAAGAGCCAGAUCAGUGGGGGCAGAAUCAUCACCUUGGAGGGACGAGGCUUUGAGUUGGUACAGAAUGUGUCGAUGGUUGUACGUGGCAUCGGCAGAGAACAAACGAAUUGUAAGGUUCACACCGACACUGUGAUUACCUGCCCCUCUCCAGCUGCCUCCAACAUCACUAUGGGGAACAAGCCAGCACCUGUAGAUUUCUAUCUCAAUGGUCGCCUCUAUGCGGAUGACCGUCCAGCUCUUGAUGAGGAGAUGUACCCAGAGGAGGCCCUGCAUAUCAGCAAAUUCAGCCUGGAGUACUAUGCAGACCCCCAGUUCUUCACAGCCAAGAAGGAGAAAUGGAUCAAGCAUCAUCCUGGCGAGCCCUUAACUCUGGUUAUACACAAAGAGCCUGACAACCUAGGCCUGGAAAGCAAUGAGUACCAAGUGAAAAUUGGCCUUAUCUCGUGUGAGAUCCAGAUUGUUUCCGACAAAGUCAUUCACUGCUCGGUCAACGAGUCUCUGAGCACUUCGGAAAGACAGUUACCUGUGAUGAUCCAGGUUGGAAAGUUCAACCACACAAUUGCCAUGCUACACCUUGGGGGAGGAGAGACUGCAAUCAUCGUCUCCAUUGUCAUCUGCAGUAUCUUGCUGGUCCUGUCUGUUGUCGCUCUCUUUGUGUUUUGCACAAAGAGCCGCAGAGCAGAGCGCUACUGGCAGAAAACUUUGCUCCAGAUGGAAGAAAUGGAGUCCCAGAUCCGAGAGGAAAUUCGCAAAGGUUUUGCUGAGCUGCAGACAGACAUGACAGACCUGACCAAGGAGCUAAACCGCAGCCAAGGGAUCCCGUUCCUGGAAUACAAGCACUUUGUCACCCGGACAUUCUUCCCCAAAUGUUCCUCGCUCUAUGAGGAGUGCUACAUUCUGCCUUCCCAGCAGCCCAACUCCCAGGUGGGGUCCCAGGUCCAAGAAACUCAUCCGCUCCUGGUGGGGGAAUGGAAAAUUCCUGAAAACUGCAGACCCAAUAUGGAAGAAGGAAUCUCACUGUUUUCCACCUUGCUCAACAACAAGCACUUUCUCAUUGUGUUUGUCCACGCUCUUGAACAACAGAAGGACUUUGCUGUUAGAGACAGGUGUAACCUGGCCUCCCUGCUUACUAUUGCGUUGCAUGGGAAACUGGAGUAUUACACCAGCAUCAUGAAGGACCUCUUGGUGGAUCUAAUAGAUGCUUCAGCUUCCAAAAACCCCAAGCUGAUGCUGAGGAGAACUGAAUCUGUAGUGGAGAAGAUGCUCACCAACUGGAUGUCCAUCUGCAUGUACAGCUAUCUCAGAGAGACAGUUGGGGAGCCAUUCUUCCUGUUGAUCUGUGCUAUCAAACAGCAAAUUAACAAAGGCUCCAUCGAUGCCAUCACAGGGAAAGCCAGGUACACCCUCAAUGAAGAGUGGCUCCUGAGGGAGAACAUCGAGGCAAAACCAAGGAACCUCAAUGUCUCUUUCCAAGGCUGCGGGAUGGAUUCCUUGAGUGUUAGGGCCAUGGACACGGACACGCUCAGUCAAGUGAAAGAGAAGAUUCUGGAGGCCUUUUGCAAGAACGUCCCAUACUCUCAGUGGCCAAGGGUAGAAGACGUCGAUCUUGAGUGGUUUGCCACAAGCACUGAUAGCUACAUCCUCCGGGACCUUGACGACACCUCUGUGGUAGAGGACGGCAGGAAGAAACUCAACACGUUAGCCCAUUACAAGAUCCCUGAAGGGGCAUCACUGGCUAUGAGUUUGUCGGAUAAGAAGGAUACCACACUGAGCAGAGUGAAGGAUUUGGACACUGAAAAAUACUUCCAUUUGGUUCUCCCAACUGAUGAAUCAACUGAACAUAAGAAGUCCCACAGACAGAGCCAUAGGAAAAAAGUCCUACCGGAGAUCUACCUGACCAGGCUACUCUCCACAAAGGGCACGCUGCAGAAGUUCCUGGACGACUUGUUCAAAGCCAUUCUCAGUAUCCGAGACGAUAAGCCGCCUGUGGCUGUGAAGUAUUUCUUUGACUUCCUAGAGGAGCAAGCAGAGAAAAGAGGGAUCACAGACCCUGACACGAUGCACAUCUGGAAGACCAACAGCCUACCUCUGAGGUUUUGGGUCAACAUCCUGAAGAACCCCCAGUUCGUCUUUGACAUUGACAAGACAGACCACAUAGACGCCUGUCUCUCUGUGAUAGCCCAGGCCUUCAUUGACGCCUGCUCCCUAUCUGAUCUGCAGCUGGGCAAGGACUCUCCAACCAAUAAACUACUGUAUGCCAAGGAGAUCCCAGAGUAUAGGAAGAUAGUGCAGCGAUACUACAAGCAAAUUCACGAUAUGCCCCCACUCAGCGAACAGGAAAUGAACGCGCACCUCGCCGAGGAGUCGCGGAAAUAUCGGAACGAGUUCAACACCAAUGUCGCCAUGGCUGAGAUAUACAAAUACGCCAAGAGAUACCGCUCCCAGAUAGUGACUGCGCUGGACUCGAACCCCACAACAAAGCGCACUCAGCUCCAGCACAAGUUUGAGCAAGUGAUAGCGCUCAUGGAAGACAAUAUCUACGAGUGCUGCAGUGAAGCCUAGGGCUGGCUGCAGCCCUGUGCAGUGCCGUAGGGAACAUGCCUUUGACUGUGGAUACUUCUUGGAUUACGUCCCAUCAGGGUCAUUCUGAAACCAGCCUGGUGGUGGGGUGGACCUGGCCCAUGGCUGAAGGACUCCCUCACGUAACAAGAAGCCAUGAGACACCUUUAUGAGCAGCUUGAAAACCCUCUGAUCUGAACCGUGGCAUCCAUAAUUUAUUCGCUGUUUCAAGCCAGAAAUGGAGGCAUGACACUUGUGGCAAACUCAGUUAACCACUUCUUUCUAAUCAGCUCCUGAGCAGUCAACUCCUUGCAUUCCUGUUUCCAGAGGAGACUCCUCACAGACAAGAGACCAGGCUGCAGAAGCUGUAACAAUAGCUGCAAAGCAGAAGGGUAGCCUCAGGGAGUCACGAGCAAAGACGGCAAAGGCUGUCACAGCAGUGGCAGAGCUCCCUUUCACACUAUCCCUCUGGUAUCUGUGUUUUUCCAACACCAGGGACUCUCUCAACUGUUUCACUAUCUGCUGCA